GCUUUAUAGAAAAGCUAGCGAGAUCUUUUGCCUUUUUAUAUCAGCUGUAAAGUAAACGGCUUCAAACUGCGUUCCGACGAAGCUGUGCCGGGUUUUAGCUCGGCUUCACCCUGGCCUACUCUCGAUUUAGAAUGGGGUCGCAAAUUGUAUCCCACAGCGGCUCCGCGUACCGCUGGCGGCCUUAUGUUUGGCCUGCCACCCACAGCGGCGGACAUGAAUCAACCGCGUGGACCCAUGACCUCAUUGAAAGAAGAGCCGUUGGGUGCUAGAGCCUGGAUGCAACCUGUCGUCGAUCAAACCAACUUGGGCAUUGGCAGAGCACAUUUUGAGAAACAACCACCCAGCAAUUUGAGAAAAUCGAAUUUUUUCCAUUUUGUUAUUGCUCUAUACGAUCGUGCCGGCCAACCCAUUGAAAUCGAAAGGACUGCAUUUAUAGGAUUUAUUGAAAAGGAAUCUGAAGCGGAUAAUACGAAAACCAAUAAUGGCAUACAAUAUCGUUUACAGUUACUCUAUGCAAAUGGUGCCCGACAGGAACAGGAUAUUUUCGUUAGACUUAUAGACUCCGUCACCAAACAAGCAAUUAUCUAUGAAGGACAAGAUAAAAAUCCAGAAAUGUGCCGUGUAUUAUUAACACAUGAAGUUAUGUGCAGCCGUUGUUGUGACAAAAAAAGCUGUGGAAACCGCAAUGAAACACCAUCAGAUCCUGUCAUUAUUGAUCGAUUUUUCCUGAAAUUCUUUUUGAAGUGCAAUCAAAAUUGUUUAAAAAAUGCUGGAAAUCCUCGGGAUAUGCGUAGAUUCCAGGUUGUCAUAGCCACCCAAGUGAGCGUGGAGGGCCCUUUGUUGGCGAUCUCGGAUAAUAUGUUUGUGCACAAUAACUCCAAGCAUGGACGCAGAGCCAAACGUUUGGAUACAACGGAAGGUACAGGCAAUAACACUCUGUCCAUAACGGGACAUCCCUUAGCGCCUGACAGUACCUAUGAUGGCUUAUAUCCACCGCUGCCUGUAGCAACACCUUGUAUUAAGGCUAUAUCACCGAGCGAAGGCUGGACUACUGGUGGUGCCACCGUUAUCAUUGUGGGUGAUAAUUUCUUUGAUGGCCUACAGGUUGUGUUUGGCACAAUGCUGGUAUGGAGUGAGCUGAUAACAUCGCACGCCAUACGUGUGCAAACACCGCCCAGACAUAUACCGGGUGUAGUCGAAGUAACCUUGUCCUACAAAAGUAAACAGUUUUGCAAAGGAUCUCCCGGUCGUUUUGUUUAUGUUUCCCUUAAUGAGCCCACCAUUGAUUAUGGUUUCCAAAGGCUGCAGAAGUUAAUACCACGUCAUCCUGGCGAUCCGGAAAAGCUGCAAAAGGAAAUUAUUUUGAAAAGGGCAGCCGAUUUGGUGGAAGCCUUGUAUUCCAUGCCUAGAUCGCCCGGCGGUUCGACCGGCUUCAAUUCGUAUGCUGGACAACUGGCAGUUAGUGUACAAGAUGGUAGUGGCCAAUGGACCGAAGACGACUAUCAGAGAACACAGUCGAGCAGUGUUAGUCCACGAGGCGGUUAUUGCAGCAGUGCUUCAACACCACAUAGUUCGGGAGGCGGUUCUUAUGGUGCUACGACUACGGCAGCUACAAAUGGUUAUGGUCCUACGCCAAAUAUGGGCACUUUGUCAUCUUCACCCGGCAGUGUUUUCAAUACCACAUCAACUUGUGCAUUUUCGCCAUUAAUUCCAACAGUGUCCUCAACCUGGCAUCAGGCUCUGGUACAACAUCAUCACUCGCAUCCACACCACUACCAUCAUCCGCAUCAGCCUUGGCACAAUCCAGCCGUUUCAGCAGCCACAGCGGCCGUUUAAAUAUUGCAGUCAUCCACCACCACGUACACACAAACACACAAACCGAAGGUCAAUCGUCAAUCAGUCUGCACUGGUCCACUGGUCGUCGUUACAUAAAC